AUGUCCGUGUCGAGCUUCACCAUCCAGGCUUUCAUCUUCCCGACCACGCCGACCAAGGGCCGCCAGGGCAUCCUGACCAAGUGGGUGAACGACACCGGUUAUGGCCUCUUCGUCGACGACGACGGCAGCCUCGCGUUCUGCAUCGGCGACGGCACCACGCGUCCGCAAGAUCUCCAGCGGCAAGCCGCUGCUGCGCAAAGUCUGGUAUCUCGCCGCCGCCUCCUACGACGCGGAGACCGGCGCGGUGCAGCUCUAUCAGGAGCCGGUCGUGACGUCGGCCAACGGCGGCCUCGGCAUGGCGCUGCUGCAUCCGGCCGAGGAGACCACGGCCGAGGUUUCGGGCAGCUGCGACGUGGCGCCCGGCGCCAACGACGCGCCCUUCCUCAUGGCCGCGGCGACCAAGGUCUCCGAUUCCGGCCGCUCGAUCUGCGGUGCGCACUACAAGGAGGCGUGAGCCCGGUGGCGCUGCCCGAGCAGUGCGACACCUACAACGGCAAGAUCGACCGCCCACGGCUCUCGGCUGCCGCGCUCGACAAGCAUUCGAUCGAUGCGCUGGCGCGCGGAUUCAAGGGCUGCCCGGCAGACCUGCGGCGUAUCGUGGUCGGCGCCUGGGACUUCCAGGCCAACAUCACCAAGAACAUCGCGUCCACCUACAUCAUCGACACCUCGCCGAACGUGCUGAACGGCCACGCCAUCAACCUGCCGGCCCGCGGCAUGACCGGCUACAACUGGACCGCGGACGAGAUCGUCUAUCACCACGCGCCGGAGGAAUACGGCGCGAUCCACUUCCACGACGACGAUAUCGACGAUGCCAGGUGGGAUGCGGACUUCAGCUUCACCGCGCCCGAGGGGCUGAAGAGCGGCUUCUACGCCGCGAGGCUCAGGAUCGGCGGCGAGGAAUCGGCGGCGACCGAGGACUACAUCCCCUUCGUCGUGCGCCCGCCCAAGGAUCAGCCCUCGGCGCGGGUCGCGGUCAUCAUCCCGACCAACAGCUACCUCGCCUAUUCCAACGACAAUCUGGCGACGAACUCGGUGGUGGCGCAGCUCCUGGCCGGCAAGGUGCCGCUGAUGCAGGCCUCCGACCUCUACCUCAACGAGCAUCGCGAGUACGGGCUUUCCACCUACUCGCUGCAUUCGGACGGCAGCGGCGUCUGCUAUUCGUCGCGGCUCAGGCCGAUCCUCAACAUGCGGCCCAAGCGUGGGCUCGACUACGACGUGCACACCGACGAGGACCUCGACCGCGAGGGCGUGGCGCUGCUCAACCAGUACCGCGUCGUGCUCACCGGCUCGCAUCCCGAGUACUCGUCCGAGGCGAUGAUCGACGCCUACGAGGCCUAUCAGCAGCAGGGCGGACGCUGGCUCUAUCUCGGCGCCGACGGGUUCUACUGGUGCAGCCAGUAUCACCCCGACAACGGCAACAUCAUCGAGGUCCGCAAGGGCGAGGCGGGACCGCGCUGGACACGCCAAUCCGGCGAGUACAACAACGCCUUCGACGGCAAGUUCGGCGGCAUGUGGCGGGCACGGGGGCGCAUCCGAGCAAGCCUUUCGCACAACGACUACGACAACAACGUCUCCAAGAUCAUGGAGAACGUGAUCAACGGCUUCCUCAAGGACGGCCGCUGCCCUGACGUCUGA